AGCGGCAACCCGCGAGGCGAAACCCUCCAGGCGGCGCUCCGCGGACGCUCGAACACGGAGAGGGAGAGGACGAGAGAUGUCCUUCGGCACGCCCGGAGCGUUCGGAGGGGGCGGGGGAUUCGGCCAGCCCGCGCAGUCUCCCCCGGGGGCGUUCGGCGCCCCGUCUCCCACGCAACCGACGCAGGUCCCGAACCCCAACAACGAUUUCCAGGUCGCGAACCCGCCCAACGACGGCAUCUCCUCGCUGUCGUGGUCCCCCGUCGCCAACUUCCUCGUCGCCACCGCUUGGGACGGAGACGUGUACUGCUACGAGGUGGGGAACAACGGGCAGGCGGUGCCCAAGGCUUCGCAGAAGCAUCAAGGACCGGUGCUGUGCAGCGACUGGUCUCACGACGGAUCCGCGGUGUUCUCGGGGGGAUGCGAUAACAAGGCGCAGAAGUGGGACCUCGCGACCAACACCCCGACGCAGGUGGCGCAACACGACGCCCCCAUCAAGGAGCUCUGCUGGAUCAAGGAGGUCAACUUACUCGCGACGGGCUCGUGGGACAAGACGCUCCGGUACUGGGACACCCGCCAGCCCACACCCGCGCUGCAAGUGCAACUCCCCGAGCGGUGCUACGCGCUCUCGUGCUCGCAUCCCCUCCUCGUCGUCGGCACCGCGGAGCGACACAUCCAGGUGUACGACCUCAACAACCCGAACCAGCCGUUCAAGCAGCUCCAGUCCCCGCUCAAGUACCAGACGAGAACCGUGGCGGCGUUUCCGGACAAGAGCGGGUACCUCGUCGGGUCCAUCGAGGGCCGCGUCGCCGUGCAGCACGUGGAGGAUGCGCAGCAGUCGAAGAACUUCACGUUCAAGUGUCACCGCGAGCAGAGCGACAUCUACGCGGUGAACGACAUCAAGUUCCACCCGACGCACGGGACGUUCGUCACCGCGGGCGCGGACGGGGUGUUCAACUUUUGGGAUAAGGACUCGAAGCAACGGCUGAAGCAGAUGGCGAAGUGCAACUCGACCAUCCCGUGCGGGGCGUUUAAUCGGGACGGGAGCAUCUACGCCUACGCGGUGUCCUACGACUGGAGUAAGGGUGGGCAGGAUCCCAUGGCGCAGAGUGGGCAGAAUAACAUCUUCCUCCACGCGGUGCAGGAGUCGGAGGUGAAACCGAGGCCAGCCGCCGUGCGCGGAAGGCGGUGAAGAGGAGGGGACGGAGGAUGAAAUUUAGCCACUCUUUUCCUGUCUUGUUGAAAUAUGGAUACAUGCUCAUAGGUUAUU